AAGCGCUUGAUCGCCGCGUGGUGGUGCCGUGUUGGGAGAAAGGCUCGUUGCAGACGGGACGCCGGAAAUUGAGGCAUGCACGACUGCUCUUAUAUGGAAAGCAUGUUACGGCAACUAGAUCGCUGCUAUUCGCAGCCUUAAGCGUUCGCUGCUCGAUGUCAAAGUUUCUCAUACCCGUUGGUGGGGGUCGUGGGCCGCCUAGCAUUCUAAUGUGUCAGUAAUGAAACGUGCACGUCGAAGACUUGCGCAAUACCAUCAACAACGGCGGCCGUGACUCCUCAACGCCGAGCGCCGAUCACGUACCUUUGUCCGGGUCGCACGUCAAUGUGUUGCAACCACCGCUCCUGCGUUGAAUAAGAAUACCCCCAUUCGACGCGCUAGUCUCAACGGCAGGCAAAAGAGCAAAAGUAACGGUGAUCGGCGUGAAGACAGGUUGCAGUGGGCGCGUUGUCAGAUGGCAGCGACAAGCAGCGAUGAGGACAGCAACAACCACCGGAUUCCGCGGAUCGCGCUGGCUGAGAUGCCAGACUCGCGCUGGGUGUACAUGUUUCUCAAUGGUGACGAACACUUCGAGCCGCUCAGGACGUUGGUGAACCAGAGGCACUACCGCAGCCUCGAGUCGCUGCUCGAGAAACUCACAGAACGGAUACGGCCCAGCUUCGGCGCCAUCCGAAGCAUCUACACGCCGCGCCAGGGGCACCGGGUCUCGUCCAUCGACGACCUGCGCGCUAACGAGCGCUACGUGGCCGCUGGAUACGAGAAGUUCCGACACUUGCCACACGGGCGAACAUACGAAACAUUAGCUCAAGAUACCUCGGGAAAUGCAUCCCAAAGUGCUAUUGCUGAGGCGGAGGACGAAAAUGAAAAUUCAGCCACUGAUCCAAGAGGCCAGAGCCAAGAAGCAGCGAUUGCUAUGAAGGAGGCAUCCACAUCAACCACCGAAGACAAGGAAACGGCCACUACCAUGUCCCUGUACAAUAACCAGGAGCUCGAAGAAAGCGCAGUUCAAACGGGCAGCCUUGAAGAAGUGCGGGUGGAAGACAAUGACCAGGACGCACCUCAUCAAGACUCCUUCAGCGAAAGCGCGGACCAGCCCACAACCCAAAAUGAGCCAACGGCCGAAGCUGCCAACGAAGAAAGUGACAAUAACGAAAUUUUGAACAGCCGUGCUCGCUCUCCAGAACCCAAUAUGUCACCGCCACAGCAAGCAGGUCCCGAGAGCUCUGCGCAGCCGCCUAGAGAAGAUGUGUCAGCGAGUGUUGUGGCCGACACGGCAUCUCCUGCGAUCAAAGAAACUGAUGACGACGACCCAUCCGAAAUAGCGUACGCUACGCCCUUGCAAGAUGCAAAACGUUUGAAAGAUUUAGAGCAGCAUCUACACAGACUGUCUGGUAAUAGCAACCACAAGUUAAAAACGAGCCCAGACAGGACAAGCAAGCCGGAGGAAAGCGAUAACAUCAGCUUGGCGUCGUUGAACAGCUUUUACGAGCACGAACAGCAGUUACUAAGGGCCGAAACCGAAGUGUCAAAGGAAUCGGAAAAAAGAAGUGAGUCCCGCCAUAGCGCCAAAUUUGAAUUUAAUGACACGCCAAAGCAACAGUUGAGUGCCGCAGACAGCAACGCUAACAAAGAAACACCGGCAGCCUACGCAAUAGACAAGAGUGAAGAAUUUUCUGUGGAACAGAGUGCGGCCACUGAGACAUCAGGUGCCCGACUACAACCCACAGCAUCAACUGAAGACCAGUUCAGCAGUGUACAAGGUAAUACAAGCAUUGAGAGGCCACGCCCGGCAGCUCGACGAAGGUCAUCCGGGUCGAUCAACGCAUCGGGCUCUGCGCUCGGAAACGAGCAGCACGCCUCGCGAGAUUACAGUCCGCUGACGCAGCGGAGCAUUCGUGUGAGUGAAAGUCGCGCGUCUGUAAGCAGCACGUCAUCUGUAACGCGCCGAGACUCUUUGAAUGAUGGUGUCAGCCGGAGAGAGCGGCGGUCCUCAGUUCACAGCAUCGCUUCCCUGGGCCAAAGUCCAGCUGAGGUCAACGGUCGUCCCACCGGCCUUUCUAAGCAAUAUUCAAUGGACGAUGCAGCGAAAGGUAGAAGCUCCGAAAAGCGAUCUUCGAAGACAAGUAGGACGCCAUCGCAAGAUCGAACGCAAGGCACAGUAGCCGAGAAGUCGGCCUUAAAGAACUCUUCUGGCAGCGUUUCACAUUCGUCAAGAAAAACAAACGAUGACGGUAAAAGCCUAACCCACUCGAAAACUUCCAGAAACGGUACGGAAAAGAAAGCUUCAAGUACCAAAAGCAAGCGACCUGCUGAGGAGGACAGCAAUAACAAGGUUUUGUCGCGGUCAUCAUCUGUAGAGUCCCUAAAGUCUAACAAAGACAGCGGAUACUCGCCUGCUUCUGAAAGGUCCAAGGACAGCACCGAUGCACCACAGAGGCAAAAAGACGUCAAAGACCCGAGCAGGGCACAGGGCACAGGAAGUUCUUCCAAAAGCAGUGAGGAUAAGCUUAGUUCACUCUACUACGCAAACUCGCCGCCUCAUUCUCCCAUAAGAACGUACGCUUACCUUAUACAGGAAAAACCUUCUGCAGCAAGCUACGAUUACCGCGCACCUGAAGGUGUUCCAAUGAAUCAGACGCUUUACACUGCCGCGCCUCUGAGGUACUCGUCGGCUACUAAAAAUCAAUGGAAGCCAGACACGUACCCGAUCCUCGAAGAGGAUGACGUCUUCUAUGCCAAAUCUUCCCGAGGAAAGAACGCGGAGGCCUACAGGGAGAUCGAUUUCGAUGAGGACAAUGGAGGUGUUUUCCGAGCGAGGCAAUUCCUUUCCGACACGAGAGGAGCUGUUGAGAUACAGGAGAGCAUGGACACAAAAGUCGAUGUUCCCAUCGACGAUAUGGAAGCUCUUGAAGUUGAGGAGGAGUACCUGCCCCCAGAGCACAUCCGCAUUGAUCGGAGCGCAUCCGGAGGACCGGGUCAUCGCAUCGUAACCUUUCUGCCAAGUGCCGGAAGCGGGAGAAGCAGCUGUGCGACAUCUUCAGACAAGAGGACCAUGACGAGGCACAUCAACCGGGAUGACGUGCAGCGCAUGGUCAUCUGACACGACGAGACAUCGGAAGUGGAUGACUAGCAUGGACAGAAAGCACAGACGAACUUGCUUCCGGAUUAUCAGUAGUGAAUGGACUUCCAAAGAGGGAAUUGCUGGUGAAAAAUGCCACGAACCACAACCAUGAAGACGGUGGAACCAGAAAACUUUCAAUAUGUGCUUCUACUGUUUUGUGUUCCUUGCUGUACAAGUUUAGACAGUUGGUGCAACAAUGACCACUGAAAGGUUCACGAGACCGCCUACUGCAAAGCAUUGGUGUCACAGAUUCUCAUCUACAACAACACAAGUCCGCACACCGGCAAAAAGCUGUUGAAGACCAGGAAGGUGCAGUGUAACCUCUCAAGCUUUAGCGAAUCCAUUAUGGGGACAUUAGAAGUGCCUUCAUUAGGCAAUUUUAAACAGAGUGUGUGAAAAACAAAUAUCCUACACCUAGCAAAUCAUACGAUGAAGAAACAUAACGAUGCUCAUUGUAACAAAGCUACACAUUGCACAAUAAUGAAUAGUGUAUUCUAACCUGAACAAACUGGAGUUGAAUGAGGUCAAAGUGCUCCCAAACCUUUGGGAUCCUUUACACCAAAGGUUUCUUUAGCCCAAGGCAAUCUCUCUUUUAAGAGGAAUAUGUAGAGAACACUAUAGUCGGGUGCAACUUUAUAAAAAAAAGGAGGCCCCACCCAGGUGACCGAAGCGCGACAGCCGAAUGCCUGCGCUAUUAAAAUAUUUCCGCUCCAAAGAACGUGCUUCUAAAACACGUAAUUCGUGCGGCUCGUGACGUCAGUCUAGAGUGCUCGACGACUGGUGGAGGCUCGUGUGCAUUCGCCUUGGAGGAGUAAAUGCCCCUUUUUUCUAAACUUGUACCCUACUACAGAUGCAGCUGCUAUUUGGUAAUGUGUCUCAAAUCAGCGUUUGAGUGUGUGCAUAAAUGUGUCCGUGUGAAUGCGAAUUAUAUGCACUUUAACAGAGAUGCAAGAGAUAGCAAUCCUUUGUAAUGAAGAACAGACAACUUUGAUAUGAAUGGUACUUCAAUAAAUGCACUGAAACGUCUGUGAACACACAGCGAAGUGUAUCAAUGAAUUGUUUGUACAAUUGAUUUAGUGUAAUGCGCAUAAUAUAUAACUUUACGGUAAACAUCUCCUCAAAAUAACUCUGGAACAAUAUGUGCUCCUUGUUCCAUGUAUCUUCCAUCACUUCAUUUCUGAAUGGUGAGACUAAGUUUCUUUUUACGGUAAAAACUGCACAAGAAAGUUUUUUUACAAACUGUACUUUGUGUUAUAGUUCUUUGCGACUAGUAGUGCAGCCAUGUUCUUUCUGCUCACCUUAUUACAAAUUUAGGUCGUAUACACUAUGUCGAACACCUUGCAAGCCACGGCUACUAUACAGCGGGUACUUGUGAAGUCCUUGACAUUGUGAUCAUAUGCA